AUGACACUUUUUGAAGGAUUGUUCCAAAGCACCGAUCGCUUCACGACAAAAUUCCAAGAGUCCCUGGAGCGCCUGCAAAGCUUGGCUCGGAUGGAAGAAUCGCCCACUCAACUAGAGACCACAAAACGACAGUAUCUUGUUCCGGCCGAGGAGAUACACUGUACGCUUGAGGUGGUGCCAGUAGAUGAUCAACCGCACGUUCAUAAAGUGGAACAUCGGGAUGAAGAGCGUUGCAUCGAAACUACAAACUCCACCCUCCGCCGCGCCCAAUCCACCGAAAGCGUCGAUUCGACAGCUUCAAGCCUGAUGGAGGUCAAUCAGGAUAUUCCUAGCGUUUCUUUAACCCUGACUUAUGAUCUCCCCUCGCAAAUGCUGUCUUGCCAGAUACACUCGCUACAAGACUGUCCUGUGGACGGGGCACAGCUGUGGAUGCUGUUUUUCCUGCUACCACACUCGAAGCCAUUGUGGCGUACGGAGGCGGUCAAACUGAACUCCCCUUACAUCGAAUACCACUCCAUCUAUCAGCAGUGCGUCCGUCGAUCCGAUUUGUCAAAGAUAGCCCUUCUGGUACAGCUCUAUUCCUCCCAUGGCUUAUCAGCAAACGUGGUCGGAUCUUGCCGGUUGAGAAUCAAAGAUUUGGAGCUGAACAUGGGGCCGACGUUGAGCCUGACCUUGGCGCCGAAUCGAACGAGGAGCCCAAUGGACGAGUUCUCGCCUGUGUCACUUGGAGAGAUCCUGUUCCUCGUGAAUUUCGCUGCCGAUCGGUUGUCGAUCGUACUGUCGAAAGUUCGACAUUUAGAUGGAUCGUAUACAGAUGCAUUCAUCCGCGUCUACGUCGUCCAACCAAUGGGAAAAGUCCUUAAAAAGAAGACUUCGACGAGGAAACUUGAAGCUGGAUCAGCGUCAUUCAUGGAGAGCCUCUUCGUCCCAAUUCCUAGACAAAAGCUCAUGAAAAGCCAUAUCCGACUCUCGGUCGUGUGCUCCGACAAAAAUGGCGGCCCGCCCAGAUCGAUGGGCCACGUGACGCUGGGACCCAAAACUGCCGGCCGAGAGUUGGGCCAAUGGCUCAGAAUUGGACGUGGAGAACAGACACAACAAGCGUCUUGGCAUCAUAUUCGCCCCAGGGCAACGGCAUUC